AUGUCUCGCACAGUAAUUUUUCAACUUCUCCGAAUGAAGCGCAGAUUAUUCCUGAAGCCAUCUUGUAGCAAAUAUUUGAAUUAUUUUUUUUAUCAUUACAUUGCAACACAGCGUCGUAAGCGCCGUGGAUCAUAUUUCAAACGACUAAAAACAAAGCUCACAUUCAAAAGUUUACGUUCUCUACCAUUAAUUCAAUCAAUCAUCAUGGCUAACGGCGUGGAUCCAGUUUUUGGUGUCAAUCUCAGAGAUCUAAUGUCAGAUGAUGGUGUCAUAUUUAAUUACGGCAAUGAGAUUGAUGAAAAUGACCAUGAACGUUUUAAAUUUGAUCCACAUGUCAAUUUUACUGAUGAUGAAUUACUCAAAUUUAUUAAUCUUGAUAUAUCAGACGACGAGCGGGAUGAUGAUAGUGACGACCGCGAUAACGAUGAUGGUAAAAAAUGUAAAGCCACUGUAUUACCAGGUCUCAAUUUUGAUAAAAUAAAAGAAAAAAUGCAAAAUUUACGCGACGAUGGAAAGAUAAAAAAAUUAAUCCUUCAACAAGGUGUUGGAAACAUAAUACCUGCAAAUUCUCUAGUUACAGUAAAAUAUUCAGGUUAUCUUGAAGGUCAAGACAAUCCAUUUGAUUCAACCUACCAUCGUAAAAGUGUCAGUCGCUUUCGUUUAAGUUACAGUGAAUUGAUUUGGGGUUUAGAUUUAUCAAUCCAGAGUAUGCGAAAACACGAAGUUUCAUUAUUUUUAAUUGAUCCGGAUUUAGCUUAUGGAGAAAUAGGAUGUUGGCCAACCAUACCGGGUAAUUCUGAAGUGAUGUUCAUCGUUCAACUGACAGACUAUAAUGACAACACAGAAACUGAUGACUUUAAAUUACUUGAACCUGUAGAUCGUAAAGUAUUUCUUAAAAUUGAAAAAUCAAUCAAACAAUCAUUACUUACCGGUGCCAAUAAUUACCAACGUGGACAAGUAAAAUUAGCAAUAAGUGAAUAUAAGCGUGCGAUUGAUCGCUUAGAGAACUCUCAUUUAGAUAACGAUGAAGAAGAAAAUCGUUAUAAUUCUUUGUUAUCACGUGCUUACCAAAAUUUAGCAGUUUGUUACAAUAAAGAAAACAUGCCACGUAAAGCAUGUAUUGCUUGUAAUGAUGUUGUUAAUAAAACAGCUAAAACUUAUUUUCACUAUGGACGAGCGUUAAUAAAAAUGGGCGAGUAUCAGGAAGCGAUAGAAAAAUUGAACCUAGGAUUAAAAAUGGAUCCACACAAUAAAGAAAUGACAAAAGAACUUAAUUUAGCUGAUAAGUUGCAACGUUUUAGUUUAAUAAUCAAACAGAAUAUGCAGUCAUCUUGUUUAAAUGUGGCUAAAUUAUCUUCAGAUGCUAAGAAUCAAGAAUACAGAAAAAUAGCAUCUGAAUUUUGUGAUAAUUUUACCAUUAAUAAUAAUAUUAUGAGAGAACCAUUUCCUAAUAAGAUUGAUCCAUUACUCAGAGACAUUAUUAGGAAAAUUGCAUUGUUAAAGGGUAUUAAAGUAACUUCUGUUGACAAAGAUGGUAAAAUUGAUUUUUAUCUUGAAAAAUCUAACUAUCAAUAA